CGCCAGUAUGUUGAUUCGCGUCGGACAAGCUUGAAUAACGGCUUAUACCGGACACGCGCAUACAGCAGCGAGAGAUUGACACGAUUCGGAGCUGCAGCGGGGAUCCUCCUGUGUGGAUCGUCGUAGUAGUUUGUCGGAAUCGCGCUCGUGCGCGCGCGUGUGUAUCGUAAUUGUGCCCUCUCAACUGGUGCUGCAGCUGGUGCAUGCUCCGGAGAAGCGAGAACGGCUACCGAGUGCAGCAGUACACCAAGACCGAAAUACAUCGCUUCUGAGUGAGUGCAGUUGUUGGCCCUUGCAAGUAGUAGUUCCUUAUCGAGCUCGAGGCGCCCUUACCUUCAUUGCGCAAAAUUCCAACACAAGUUUCGGGCCAGCAGCGCGUGGAACUAGUUUUCGAGUGCACUGACCAAAGAGAGUAGAUCGUUGUUGUCUUGCGAGUGUCGGUGCUUCGACGAGUGCAUAGGAGGAAAAUACGUACAUACAAUAGGUAGACGGACGGAGAAUAGGUGCGCGCACUUUCACACCGUGAGAGAAAAAAAACAGAGUAGAGAGAGAGGGUGAGAGAUAAGGUGCUCGAGUAAGUGACACAUCAGGUGCAAUAGAACUGGCGCUAACAGAGCUGAAGGGGUCGCCGACGAAGAGAGACGAGGCACGAGAGGUGAGAGAGAGAAAAGCUAAAGGAGAUAUCGACAUAGUUAUCGAAUCCCCUGUUGCUGGCUGCUGCUGUUGCUGGCGCGCUUGCACGAGAGAGAGAGAGAAAGAGCAGAGUCUGCUAGUGCUAGAGCUGCUGCUGUUGCUGGUCUUAUAGCGGCCCCUCGUCGAUCGAUACGCACCUCUCUCUUGCUCUCGCUCUCGCGUGCUACACCUCACCUCUACCUCUCUCGCUAGUUAAUUCAAAACGAAAAUGGGUUGCUUCGGAAGCAAAGAUAAGUUGAGCAAGGAAGACAUGGACUUUCUCAAGUCGCAUACAAGAUACGAUGAAGCAACUAUUAAAGAUUGGUACAAAGGAUUCAAACAAGACUGUCCAAAUGGCAGAUUGACGCCGGCAAAGUUUGUCGACAUGUACAAAAUGUUCUUCCCCUCUGGGAACGCUGAAGAAUUUUGCGAUCAUGUGUUUCGUACAUUCGACAUGGAUAAAAAUGGUUACAUCGAUUUCAAGGAAUUUUUACUUGCAAUCGAUGUAACGUCAGGUGGAACGCCAGAAGAAAAACUCAAAUGGGCUUUUAGAAUGUACGAUGUUGAUGGUAAUGGCGUGAUAGACAUCGAGGAAAUGACCAAAAUAGUUCAGGCAAUAUAUGAUAUGUUAGGUGCUUGUUCAAGCAACAGACCAGCUGACAGCGCCGAAGAAAGAGCAAAAAAUAUUUUUGCUAAAAUGGAUGAAAAUAACGAUGGUCAAUUAACACAAGACGAAUUUCUCAAAGGCUGUCUGCAAGACGAAGAACUUUCAAAAAUGCUUGCUCCUUAAUCACGCAUGGUCCUUAAUUGUACAAGACAAAUCUUACAAUUCUUCAUAACGAAGAAAAAAUUUGCUAAAAAUUUGUGUCCAGUUCAAUCACUCGAAAAGAUGUUAGCUAUUUAUUAUAAUAUUACAAAGUAUAAAAUCAUAAAUCAUGAACGGUUGAUAUUUAUGGAACAAUUUUGCCAUGCACUUGACACAGAAACAAAAUGAAAAUUCAACAUUUAUGGUGCUCUUUAAAUAAGAUAACCCAUUUAAAAUGCUUAAAAAUAAUUUAAGCAUAACAAAUCAGAAAAAUACUAUUGAUAAAAGUAAUUUAGAUGCGUAAUUCGAAAUUAUUUUGUGCUAAAAGCACUCAAGUUUUGAUCAAAGAAUUCCUCGUUUUAAUGCAUAUGUGACAAUUUCAUUCUAUUCGUGCAUGGUAUAGAAUGGAGCAAACAUUACGCUUUUCAUAUUAUAAACCUUAUUUUAUUAAAAUUACGAACAAAAAUUUUAAUUCGAUAAGAUAUAUCGAAUUUAAUUCGAGUAAGCUACAGCUUUUAAUUGUAAAGCUUGUCAUUAACACAUUAUAUAACAUGUAUAUUCAUAGUUCUUUAUAUUGUAACUUCCUCCAAUAAGACGGUAUGCCUUUUUUACGUUAUAAUGAUGAUAUGAUAUCUGUCAAGGUGAUUUGUUACUGUCUGAAUAUAAAAGUAAAAACAUUAUCUUAUUAUUAUCUCCAACAAGCCAAUAAGAUUCUACAUAAAUAUUUAUAAUUACUCAUGCAAUCGUGUACACCCUGAGUGUAUUGAUUCUAGGGAAAAUUAAUGCGAAAUGUUAACAUAUGACAACAUAUUUAAACAUUUCACAUUACAAUUCAUUUAAUUUUAUUACAUACACUAGUCAGCAAUUUUUGUAUUAAGUGUAAAGAAUUUUUAAUAUAAAUGUUGACUUGUAAUUAUUAUCAAAAAAUUAAAAUAUACAAGCUGUUCAACUUUAGGUUGAAACACAUAUUAAUAAUUUUUCGUUCAUAGCUCAUGACACAAUUCCAACUCACGAAAAAGUUUAAAUAUUCUCAGAAAAAAUAUUAGAUUUUGUAAAUAAUCAAAAUAUACAU